AUGAAGUUUCAAGGAGUCACUGUAUUGGCUAUUGCUGCUAGAACUCUCGCCGCCUCUGUCGCCGACUGCCCUGGGUACACGGCAUCUAAUGUCGUCGACGGCAACGGUACUAUCACUGCAGAGCUGACACUCUCGGGCACUGCCUGCGACAUCUAUGGGACGGAUUUGGCUGAUCUCAAGUUGCUCGUCGAAUAUCAGACCGAAUCCCGACUUCAUGUGAAAAUCUACGACGCCGGCCUCGACGUGUACCAGGUUCAGGAAGCUGUCCUGCCACGCCCGUCAAGCCAGGAUGUGCUCUCGUCAGAUGCCGCCAUACAGUUCUCGCUGAUAGAAGAACCCUUCUCCUUCUCCAUCUCGCGAACCAGCUCAGGGGAAGUCUUGUUCAACACGAAUGGCAGCCAGCUCGUGUUCGAAUCCCAGUACCUAUACCUCAAAACUCAGCUGCCAGAUGACCCCAACAUAUACGGACUGGGAGAGCACUCGGACUCGUUUCGACUUCCGACGAAUGACUACCAGCGUGUGCUGUGGAACUCUGAGUCUCCCUUAAUUCCUCGCCUAUCCAAUCUGUACGGAAGCCAUCCGAACUACCUCGACCAUCGUGGCGAGGCGGGUUCCCACGGCGUCUUCCUCCUGAACUCGAAUGGAAUGAACAUCAACAUAAAACAGACUGAGUCUGGCGAUCAGUUCCUCGAGUACAAUGCAAUUGGUGGAAUUCUCGACUUUUACUUCCUAGCUGGGCCCACUCCUUCCGAUGUCAGCAAGCAGUACGCCGAGGUCGUUGGCUUGCCGGCUAUGAUGCCCUACUGGACAUUCGGCUUCCACCAAUGCAAGUACGGAUACUGGGACGUCAACUACGCCGCUGAAGUUGUAGGAAACUACUCCACGGCAAACAUACCUCUGGAGACACUAUGGGGCGAUAUCGACUACAUGAACCUUCGACAGGAUUUCACCACAGACCCGGAGCGAUUCCCCUUGCACAAGAUGCGCGAGCUCGUUGAUACACUGCAUCAACGGGACCAGCACUACAUCAUGAUGCUGGACCCUGGAAUCCACAGGGUGGAGAACUACUCAAGCUACACCAGAGGCAGCGAGGCAGGAGCCUUCCUGCAAGCUGAUGACGGAUCUGGAUAUCGCGGUGUGCAGUGGGCAGGGGAGGUGGUCUGGCCGGACUGGCUCUCUGUCAACGCUCAAGACUGGUGGACGAAUGAACUUGCCAUGUUCUUUGACCCAGAAACGGGCAUUGACAUAGACGGGGCCUGGAAUGACAUGAACGAAGGCAGCAACUUCUGUGGCGACGUCACCUGUGAUCCGGCUCAGGCGGCGAUAGACGGUAACGACCCACCGCAGCCAACCAACGCUCCACGUAACAACACCGGGCGACCGAUCCCCGGAUUUCCGGUAGACUUUCAACCAGCCUCGUCUCAGCAGUCCAGGUUGAUCCAAGCAAGGCCAGAUUCCGGGGGAGCCAUGAAGGGCCUCUCCGGCCGCGACCUCUUCACCCCUGCCUACCAUAUUAACAACCACCGCGGCGAGCUCAGCGACUACACGCUCUGGACCAACAUCACCAACAGCGAUGGUACAUCACAGUAUGAUACACACAACCUCUACGGCACCACAAUGCUCAGCAGCACCCGCAAGGCACUCCUCUCGCGCCGCCCGGGUAUCCGGCCGUUCGUACUAACGCGCUCAACCUUCGCAGGCGCCGGCGCCAAAGCCGCACACUGGUUCGGCGACAACGCGUCAACAUGGGACGACUACCGGGCCUCGAUCGCGCAGCUGCUGGCCUUCGCAACCGUGCACCAGAUGCCGAUGGUCGGAAGCGACGUGUGCGGGUUCAACAGCCCCGCCGAGGAGCACAUGUGCGCGCGCUGGGCGUUGCUCGGGGCCUUCAUGCCGUUCUACCGCAACCACGCCGAUAUCUCAGCGCCGCCGCAGGAGUUCUACCUUUGGGAGUCGGUCUCGGAGGCUGCCAGGAAGGGGAUCGAGGCACGCUAUCGGCUAAUGGACUAUAUCUACACGGCCAUGUACCGCGCGAGCGCUACGGGGUCGCCGAUCGUAAACCCGCUGUUCUUCGUCUAUCCCAACGACACCAGCACGUUCGGUAUCGACAUGCAGUGGUUCUACGGCGACGCCGUGCUUGUCUCCCCUGUGGUUGAAAACAAUGCGACGUCCGUCACGUUCUACCUCCCCAACGACAUCUUCUACGAUUUCUGGACGCUCGAACCGGUCAGGGGCGAGGCCGCCAACGUCACUGUGGAGGAUGUGGACUGGACCGAUAUCCCUGUCCACAUACGCGGCGGCACUGUUCUGCCGAUGCGCACCGAGUCGGCCAACACGACGACGCUGCUGCGGCAGAACAACUUCACGCUCGUCGUUGCGCCGGGCGUGGACGGCAGCGCGGCGGGGUCGUUGUACCUGGAUGACGGGGAGAGUCUGGACGUGGCUGGGGCGUACUCGGAUAUCAGCUUCGCGUGGGACGGGACGACCUUUACUGCCGACGGCACUUUUGACUAUGGUACCAACGCCGCGGUUGAGAGCGUGACUGUUCUUGGCUGGGAUGAACCAGUCACUCGGGACGGUCCCUGGGGUCUGGAUGGGCCGUUUGAAUUCACUCUCAGCUCUUGA